CCCCUCUCUUCCUUUUUGCACAGUCUGUUUGCUGUCCGAGCACAGUGUCGCUGAAAGUUGAGCUGAAAAAUGGGGAAAAUGCAAGUUUUGGGUGUAGUUGCGGUAAUAUUAGCAGUGUAUUGCGUACAUGCAAAUAUUUACUUUCGGGAAGAGUUUCUGGACGGUGAUGAAUGGAGAAGUCGCUGGGUGAACUCCAAGCACAAGUCUGACUAUGGAGAGUGGAAACUUACGGCUGGUGACUUCUAUGGAGAUGCAGAGAAAGACAAAGGUCUGCAGACAAGCCAGGAUGCUCGUUUCUAUGCCAUCUCUGCCCGUUUUGAUCCUUUCAGCAAUGAGGGGAAGCCCUUGGUCAUCCAGUUUACAGUUAAGCAUGAGCAAAAGAUUGACUGUGGUGGUGGGUAUGUGAAGGUCUUCCCUGCUGACUUGGAUCAGACUGACAUGCAUGGAGAAUCUUCUUACUACGUUAUGUUUGGCCCUGACAUUUGUGGGUACAGCACCAAGAAAGUCCAUGUCAUCUUUAAUUACAAGGGCAAGAAUCACCUCAUCAAGAAAGAGAUUAAAUGCAAGGAUGAUGAGCUGACCCACCUGUACACACUAAUCCUGAAUCCAGAUCAGACAUACGAGGUAAAGAUUGACAAUGAGAAGGUUGAAUCUGGCAGCCUGGAGGAGGACUGGGACUUCCUGCCUCCUAAGAAAAUUAAGGACCCUGAAGCCAAGAAGCCAGAGGACUGGGAUGACCGUGCUAAGAUUGAUGAUCCUGAUGACACCAAGCCUGAGGACUGGGACAAGCCUGAGAAUAUUCCAGAUCCUGAUGCUAAAAAGCCUGAAGACUGGGAUGAGGAUAUGGAUGGAGAGUGGGAGCCACCUAUGAUCCCCAACCCAGAGUACAAAGGAGAAUGGAAGCCCAAACAGAUUGAUAACCCCAACUACAAAGGAGCCUGGGUGCAUCCUGAGAUUGACAAUCCUGAAUACAGUCAAGAUUCAAACAUCUACAAGUUUGACAGCAUUGGUGUUUUAGGUCUUGAUCUUUGGCAGGUGAAAUCUGGUACAAUCUUUGACAACUUCCUGAUCACAGAUGAUGUGAAGGAGGCCGAAGAUGUUGGAAAGGAGACAUGGGGUGUGACAAAGGAGCCAGAGAAAAAAAUGAAACAGGAGCAAGAUGACCUGAAACGAAAAGAGGAGGAGGAGAAGAACAAAGAACAAGACACUGAAGCUAAUGAUGAAGAUGAAGACAUAGAUGAGGAGGAAGAAGAGGAGGAGGAGGAAGAAACGAAAGAAGACACAGAAGAAGCACUUUCAGAAACGGAUGAAGAAGCAACGCCUAAAGAUGAGCUUUGAGAGGGUGUUGGCAGAAUUUUUUUUUUUUUUUUUUUUUUUUUUGGGUCACUCCUUCAGGAACUGUCCUAUAUUUCCCAGGGGUAUCAUGGCUGCUGUGCAUCCUUUCCCUGAGAUUUGGACACAACCCAGCUAAGGGGUGAUUUGCAGUAGAUGGGGGCAAAUAGUUGUUAACAGACUUGGGGUCUUUUGUUCUUUUCAUGUUAAUCCUGAACUGCUGAAUUGAUUCUAAGGUUUUCCACUCAGUCCAUUCUUGAUUUUGUAAUAACAGAAUAAGGAUAAACUGUCACCGGGUGUUUUCUAGAUUUUCUUAAACUAGACCAUAGACUGUGAAAUUUUUAGUCUAUGGUCUGUCUACAUUUUGGCAGAUUCCCUUUUCUUGUCCUUGAGUAUGUAAAUGUAGUAAAUAAAUUAAGAUCAGCCACUCAGAUUUCAACAUGUGAAACAAUGUAUACAACUCAUCAUAUAAUGCAUAAACCAAAAGACUUAACCAUAAAACAAAUAUGUGAAAAUAGAAACCAACACUAUGGUAGUGUAACUUCUUUUGGUUAUGCCUGCAGCACUGUUGUUUGUGUUUUUGGUUUGUUUUGUUUUUUUUCUCCUCACACUCUGAGAUCUAAUUGAAUUAAAUGUUUAGAUAUGAAUUGAUGGGACUGGCAUUAUAUUCUGAAAGUCUGGACAAACAGGUGGUGAGCCCCUAGUGUGUCUUAUUUUUAUGGGACAAUGUUAUUGAUACCAAAGUUUUUAUUAAAAGAUUAUAACCUUA